AUGUCCCUUCGCCGCGAAGCAGAGAGAUGUGUCGCUAAUCAACAUGCCCUUGGCCUCAAUGCCUUUGUCACUCCAUUGCCGCGCGCAGGCCAAUGGCUGGAUCGCGUGAAGGAGGCUGAUCUGCGCAGGGAGCAAGGAACCCCCCGGUCUUUCCUCGACGGCCGUCUCGUCUCUAUCAAAGACAAUAUCUGCACGCGCGACCUCCCCACCACGUGCGCGUCGGGGAUCCUGGACAAGUUCUCCAGCCCGUUCAAUGCCACUGUCGUCGAGCAGCUCGAGGCCGCCGGGGCCGUCAUCGCAGGGAAAACGAAUCUAGAUGAGUUUGGCAUGGGAUCACACUCGGUACAUUCACGGUUUGGUCCAGUGAAGAAUGUGCGACAAGACGGGGAUGGGCAGGAUGUCUCCGCCGGUGGUAGUUCCGGAGGAAGUGCAGUUGCUGUCGCUGCCGACCAAUGCUAUGCCGCGCUGGGAACAGAUACGGGAGGCUCCGUCCGCUUGCCUGCCGCAUACACAGGGACUGUUGGGUUCAAGCCAUCCUACGGAUUAAUAUCACGAUGGGGAGUGGUUGCAUAUGCCAAUUCUUUGGACACGGUUGGAGUCUUGGGGAGAAAUGUAUCUACCGCCCGGCAUGUCUUCGGCAUCGUGAACCAACACGAUGCGCGCGAUCCCACGAGCCUCUCACCCUUCUCUCGGUCACGGAUCAUGUCGCACCUCCAGACACCCCGACUGGCCUCCCGAUUGACAUCCGCUCCUCUUCGAAUCGGGGUGCCGGUGGAAUAUAACAUUUCCGAGCUGACCCCUUCCGUUCGCCGUGCCUGGCUUCUCUCGCUGGCACACCUGCAAGACCAAGGUCACACCAUUCAUCCGGUCUCGUUACCAGCAACGAAACAUGCCUUAUCGGCAUAUUAUGUCCUCGCACCCGCCGAGGCAUCUUCGAACUUGUCAAAAUAUGACGGUGUGCGCUACGGGACUCGCGCCGACGGCCCAGACAGCGAUGGCCAGCCAGAUGGUUACCUUUACGCCAACACGAGAGGCAGCGGGUUCGGACCAGAGGUGAAGAGACGCAUCCUCCUGGGCACUUUCAGCUUGAGCGCAGAUGCAAUCGAUAACUACUUCAUCCAAGCACAACGGGUGCGUCGACUGGUCCAGCAGGACUUUAAUGCUGUGUUUACAGCCAAGCAUCCGUUGGCCGCGGCCGAUGCGCAGGACACAGGGCGCCGUGCUGAACAGGCAGAUGUGGAUGUGCUCGUGUGUCCGACGGCCCCCACUGCGCCGCCACGGUUAUCGGAUCUCACGAGACCGGCCACCGAGUCGUCGCCUUUGGACGCUUAUGUCAACGACGUGUUCACAGUCCCAGCUAGCUUGGCUGGUCUGCCCGCCAUUUCUGUGCCGGUCACGAUGAAUGGCUCCCGUCUGGAUCCGGAUGUGGCGGGGAUCCAGGUAGUAGGCCAGUACGGAGACGAUGACCUGGUGAUGAGCGUGGGCGAACUGCUGGAGGGCCGGAGACUGGAAUGA